AUGAAGACUAUAGAACCACAGGCGCGUCGUCAUAGCAAAUCUCCAUCUUCCAGUUAUUAUCUCUUUCAUUUCAUUGCACAAGUUUUUUUGGAUUGUGAUUUACAUUUGGCAUACAAAGAAAAAUAUGGGAAACCCAUUGAUACGCUCCGAAACAAAGUUGUAUGGAUAACAGGUGCAUCCAGUGGAAUAGGAGAACAUCUAGCCUAUGUCCUUGCAAGUGCUGGUUGCAAGUUGAUAUUAUCAGCCCGGAGAGAAGUUGAAUUAUUAAGAGUCAAAGAAAGAUGUAUAGCAGGAAAUAAGCUAUUGACAGCAGAUGAUGUGGAAGUUCUAGUACUAGACGUUGUUGCUAUUGAAACACACGAAGAGGCAUUUAAGCACGUCAUUAAUAAGUUUGGCAAACUGGAUAUUCUAGUGAAUAAUGCAGGAAGAACACAAAGAGCUUUGUGGGCAGAAAUAGAAAUAGAUGUGGAUCGUCAAAUGUUUGAAUUAAAUGUAUUCGGAACGAUUUCCCUGAGUCGCAUAGCAAUGAAAUACUUUUCAAAAAGAGGUGAAGGUCAUAUAGCAGUGACUUCAAGUUUGGCAGGUGUUAUGAGUGUACCUUUUUCUGCUACCUAUACCGCAACAAAACAUGCACUACAUGGAUAUUUUGGUGCUUUGAGGCUGGAAACCUUUGGACAGAAUACCAAAAUAACCAUUUUCUGUCCUGGUCCGACACAAACACCUUUCUUAGCAGAGUCUUUUACUGGAAAAAGUGGAGAAAAACUAGGAGAAGAAACAGCCGUAUCUGAUGCAAAAAUGAGUUCAGAACGUUGUGCCAAUUUAUUUGCAGUGGCAUUGGCUAAUGAAAUUUAUGAAGCUUGGGCUGCUUACCCUAAAGUAAUGUUAUUGGUACAUAUUUGCGCCUACUAUCCCAAUAUAUUGAACUUGUUACCCAAGUUUAUAUCAUCGAAGAAGUUUCUUGACAUGCGAGACUCUAAGCAAGUACUAAAAACAGAGUGAAGAUAAUAUCUAUUUUUUGAGGACUAAUUUUAAUUCUACCAUAAUACAGUCAAGUACCAUUAGAGUCCAUCAGUUAUGGAUCCUUUUUGACUUUUGCGAAUAUCUCCAAUUUUUGCACCUUUGCUUUUAUACCAGGAGAUAAGUUCCCUUUCCCAUUCAGUGCUACUGAAAUCUUUUAUGGUAGUAGUCAUUAUAAGUCAUUAUAUUGAUCGGGGAGAAGAAAGAUGGUUUUUAAACAGACAUUUUAUUUACCACAUCUAUCCAAUAUUGUUGUUACUAUGAGAUGUUUAUUAAAUUUUGUACAUUAUACUGUGGUAAUCUUAAAUAUAUAAUUUGGUAAAGUUAA